AUGGCCGACGUCGACAUGGAAAUCGACGACGUCGCGCCGCCGGCGUCGGGCGUCAACAACGGCAACGACAACAGCAACGACAACAGCAACGACAACAGCAACGACAACGGCGAGGUCGCCGCCGACGUCCCGCGGAGUGCCGACAUGCAGACCCAUGCCAAGGCCACGGCCGUCCGGUCCAUCGAGGGCUGGAUCAUUGUCGUGACCAACGUCCACGAAGAGGCCGACGAGGAGGCCCUGCACGACAUGUUUUCCGAGUUUGGCGAGAUCAAGAAUAUGCACCUCAACCUCGACCGUCGCAGCGGCUAUGUCAAGGUAGGCCCCGACCCUGUUUUUCUUUACUUGUUUUGGUUGGCGCCGCUCGCUCACACCCGCCAGGGCUACUGCUUAAUCGAAUACCCGACCCUCAAGGAGGCGCGUGCGGCCAUUGACGGCGCGCACCAGACGAAGCUGCUGGACCAGACGGUGCAGGUGGACUUUGCGUUUGUGCGUCCGCCGCCGGCCAAGGCGCGCAACGAUCGUGACCGUGACCGUGACCGCGACCGUGGAGGCCGCAACGACCGGACCCGCGAACGCAACGACAGACACGACAGACACGACGGCGGUGACCGCGACGGCGCACGGGAUCGGAGUCCAAGCGAGGAACACAGACGCGGCCCACCGGGUGGCCGGACAGGCCGCAGCCGGAGUAGGAGUCCAGGGGCCGAGGCUGGCGCGUGA